UAUGCUGAAUUGCCCAAUAUGUAUGUCUUAGACUGGUGUCCCCAUGAGUGAGAGUAGAUGAAAGUCCAUGUUCUUAGACUGCUCUUGCCUCACUCCACCAACCUGGGACUACAGAUGUUUAUUUUGGUCUGUAGGUUUAUUUUGUAGGAGACCAGGCAUCCCUACAGAACACUUUCUUGUAUAGCAGUGGGCUAUUUUGACAUUUAAAUGAUGAGAUCUUUGGAUAGAUAAUCUGGUAUUCUGACCUCUCAGUUAAUAUUUCAAUGCAGACUCAGAGUAAGUGACUUGUCCAAGGUAAAAAUCAUCCUGUGUGGUUAAUUAGUGAUAUGGCAAGGACUAGAACUCAGAUCUCUGCAUGUAAUCAUCUUUUUGUCUGAUUUAAAAAUGGCUCCCAUCUCUACCCCAGGUUAGAGAACAAAACAAGGCACUUUUUUUGAAUUGAUUCCAAAUGGCUUGUAGAAUUAAUAAGAAUUAGAGGUUCUAGAUUUGACUUACAAUAUUCACAGAAAAAUUGGCAGUGAGGAGAUUAUACAAAUAGAUUAUUUAGAAAAUCAAGACUAAUAGAUGGGCAAAGUACAUGAGCAAACAAGUGAAAAGUUAUAAACAUAUGGAUAUUCAACAGUGUGGGAAUAGCUUAUAAAACAGUAUAAUACUUUUUAUAAACUUUUGCAAUCAAUAAAAUACUAGUUACAAAUGACUUAGAAAUAGUGUUAAUCUACUAGGAAUUCUGAAUGAGUUCCUUUUCUAGUUUCCUUUCUUCUAUACUGCCUUCUACCUACUGGAAUAUAUUCUGUAGAUUCAGAUUUCUUUCUUUUAAGCACUAAUUUUAUGUAUAGAAUAUUGACUAAAUGUCAGUUUUCUGAAAUUCUCUCAGUCUGUCCACUGAGUCUAAAAUUCACCAACUUAUUUUCUGGCCUAUACACCAUGGAAAAUGGUGAGUUUGCUUUUGUUAUUCUUGAUCUGUACAUUAAAAACUAGCUGAAAUGAGAGUUGGUAAAGAUUUAGUGAACUGAUAGAAAAUGUUUCUAUUAUUUGCUAGAACCAUCUGAGUGUAAGUAAAAAAAAAAAAUUCCUAAAAACAAAAUGAGUAUCGUAAUCAAAUGUGUAUUUCUUUUCCGUAGAGCCUCUGUUAUGCACCUAAAACCAUAUUGGAAUCUGCAGAAGAAAGCACAACCUCUUCAAAUUAGCAAGGAAACUCUGAAAACUUCCAUGAGCCACCAAGAGGCUAUACAUAAUGAAAAAUGCGAAGCUAGCUACAUGAAAUCAAGUGUCUUUCCUUCCACCUCUCCUGGUAAAGCAUCAUCUCGACAGCCUUUUGGGGUCCUUUCUCCAAAUGUUCUGUGCAGCAUGAGUGGGAAGAGUCCUGUAGAGAGCAGCUUGAAUGUUAAAACCAAGAAGAAUGCACCAUCUGCAACAAUCCAUCAGGGCGAAGAAGGGGAAGGGCCGCUUGAUAUUUGGGCUGUGGUGAAACCAGGAAAUACCAAGGAGAAAAUAGCAUUCUUUGCAGCCCACCAGUGUAGCAAUAGGAUAGGAUCUAUGAAAAUAAAAAGCUCCUGGGAUAUUGAUGGGAGAGCUACUAAAAGAAGGAAAAAAUCAGGGGAUCUUAAAGAAGCCAAGAUACAGUUAGAAAGGAUGAGGGAAAUCAACAGCAGGUGCUAUGAGCCUGAGCCUUUUGCGUGUGGCAUUGAGCACUGUUCUGUGCAUUACGUGAGUGACAGUGGGGACAGUAUCUGUGCUGGGAGGCCUCUGUCGGUCAUACAGAUGGUUGCCUUCCUGGAGCAAAGAGCCAGUGCUGCUCUGCUGGCCAGUUGUGCGAAAAACUGCACUAACUCACCUGCCGUGGGGAGGAUUUCUGGGCAAUCCAGAGGUGGGCCUCCAGCCUCUGAGCCCUUUUCUGCCCCAGGAGCUUGUGAAGAACCCAUGGAAAGGGGAAAUCCUGAGGUUGGUGAACCCCAGAGUGAGCCAGUCCGCGUCCUCGAUAUGGUAGCCCGGCUGGAGUCUGAGUGUCUGAAGCGGCAGAGCCAAAGUGAGCCUGGGAGCCUCUCGAGGAAUAACAGCUUCCGUCGAAAUGUAGGCCGGGUGCUGCUUGCAAACGGCACUCAGGCUGAUGAAGGCAAAACAAACAAAGGCGCUUUGGAGGCCCCUGUGUCUGUGGAAUGUGGCCCGUCAAGAGCUGACCAUUGUUCUCUUGAGGGGAAGCAGGCCUGGGAUGGGGCUCCUCCAGGCUGUCCCUCAUUGCCAGCAGGUGUGAGUUUCCACAUGGAUAGUGCAGCAACAGAGCCAGAUCAGCACACUGCUGUGAAAAACAGCAAUAGGUAUGAUGUAGAAAUGACAGAGGAACCUGAGCCACCUUUUCCUCCUCAAACCUGUCCCCAAGCCACUGAGUUGCCCACAGAUGCUGUUGAAGAGCUUGUGCCACAAAAUCCUGAUCAGCGAAGAAAAGAAUCUGUGUGCAUUAGCAUCACUGUGUCUAAGGUGGAGAGAGACCGGCCUUCUAGUUUAAAGUCCUGUGGAGACCCACUUCCGGGGAGGCUGUUCUUUUUGCUGCCUGGUCAGCAGCAGUCAGACUGUUCCCAGUUGAAUGAAAGCACAACCCAAGAGUCUCCAGAGGCCAGCCAGCCUGAAGAUGGUGCUGAGGGUGGCAGUGCAUCUGAGGAAAAAAGUGUUUCAGCUGAUUCGCUCGUCCCAGCGCCAGCCCCUCCUGUGGAAAGUACAGUACCGGUGCUCGAGGCCUCCAGUUGGAAGAAGCAGGUGUCCCAUGACUUUCUGGAGACCAGAUUUAAAAUCCAGCAGCUUUUAGAACCUCAGCAGUACAUGGCUUUCCUGCCCCACCACAUUAUGGUGAAAAUCUUCAGGUUACUUCCCACCAAGAGUUUAGUGGCUCUUAAAUGUACCUGCUGCUAUUUCAAGUUCAUCAUUGAAUACUACAACAUCAGGCCAGCAGAUUCUCGCUGGGUUCGAGACCCACGCUAUAGAGAGGACCCUUGUAAGCAGUGCAAGAAAAAAUAUGUGAAAGGGGAUGUGUCCCUGUGCCGGUGGCAUCCCAAGCCCUAUUGCCAGGCAUCUUACGGGCCAGGAUACUGGAUGUGCUGCCAUCGUUCUCAGAAAGGCUUCCCCGGCUGUAAGCUGGGGCUUCAUGACAAUCACUGGGUCCCUGCUUGCCACAGCUUUAAUCGGGCAAUCCACAAGAAAGCAAAAGGGACUGAGACUGAAGAGGAAUACUAAAGUCUAUGUGAGAGGCGACCAAAUGGCUGAUUUUUAAUACUGCAAAACACCACCUAGACUCACUGUUCAAGUGAGUGUUGCCUCUCAGAGCCAUCACUCUAGGAGAAUCUGUACCUGUUCCUUCAGGACUGCUUUUGGGCAUUUUUUCAUUUACAAGCUGUACAAGAAAACUGGUCUCGUUGUUUUAUAGUGGCGCCUCCCAUUUGAUCCAGGGUGGAAGCCCAGUUUGAUUCAGUUGGCUGUGAAUAAUUAUGCCGGUUUUCCCAAAUCAAAUCCAUCCUCAGAGGACGAAGACUUGCCAUCAUCAAGGACAGACAGAAAAGUUCAUUGCAGACUAUGCAGGCAGUCCCCAAAAAGGGGUUCCAGAAAUUUCUGAGCACUGGCAGGCACCAUAUUUGAAAUAAGUGAGUAGUGUCCUAUGGAAAGAAGAGCAGCAGUCAUGGAUGAAAAGUAUGCUUAUGAAGGAGAAGUCAGGCACCUUACCUUAGGCCUUGUAUGCUUGAUCCUGUGAGAUUGAUGUUUGUGGAUGGAGAUGGAUUUCAUGCCCUGUGGUGUUUACAGUGUAUAUAAUGGUUGUGUUUUCACAGGGCUGUGAAAGUGCACAUUAAACCCGAGCGCCUUUACCUUAGAUGAGUGCUUUUGGCCCCUCUGUAUGUAACACUAUUAAAACCCAUUUGUGUAUAGUGGACAGCUGACGAAAUAUCAUCACCACAAUGCAGCUAGGAUAGUGUUGCAGCUAUAAUUGUGUGUGUUUUUUUAUUGUUUCAAAUUUGUAUAUCCUGUAUAAAAUAUGAAUGUUUUGAAAAUAAACUAUGAAUGUUUCCUGUAUAAUA